UGAAUAUUUUUAGUCCUGUGAACGUAAAAUGAGGGCGAUUUUGUAUUUAAUAAUAAUUUACACAGCAAUUAUAUAUGCAAGGCAUUUUGCAGAUAUAAAUGAUAAUGCAAUAUCGUCAACAUAUAAAAUUGAUAAACGAAAACAUUUUUUUAAAGAUGGAUCGAAAAAAAUGUAUAAAAAAUUAAACGAACAUCCUAAAUACACAGGAGAUAAAAAAAUAAUUAAAAAUGAUGAAUUAAAAAGUAUUUAUGAUAAACACAAUUUAAAUUCGGAUAAACAGCGGUAUCUAAGAAAUUCAAUAAGAAAUUAUGAGAAAAAAAGAUCAAAAUACGACGGCAGAAGAGCGGAGAGUUCUGAUACUACGAGUGAUUCGGCAAGUUCUAGUAUAGAAAUGAAGAAUUGGAAGGACGAAUGGAAAGAGCAUUGGUUGCAAAAGAAGUUGGAAGCCAUCAACUCCUCAAUACCAAAAGGGGACAAAGUCAAUAUGAUCGCUGCGAGACCGUGGGGUGUUCCCUGUGGAGAUCCAAACCAACACGACGCGCCUUGGGGAUCAUGCAUGCUGCCUAUGGAAUGCGAGGCAGAGUACCGCAUAUAUCGUGGCGACUACUUUUGUGGUCGAACGAAAUUUAUAUGUUGCGCUUUACAAAUAACCACUUACGACAUGUACGCUGGUAUCGACGUGUCAUUCGCUGAUUCCAGUUUAGCUACAGACUCAGAAGAAAAAAAGAAUAGGAACAGAGGAUCUAAAGAACGGAAAAGACGAAAAAAAGGUCGAGAUAGGAAAAGGAGAUUAAGAGAGAGGAAGAAACGAAAGCGGAGAAUAAAGAGAACUAUACGGAAAAUCAUACGAGAAAUUAGUAAAGUAUUGAACAGAUCAUUCAGAAAUGGAACGACAGCGAGGAAGAGGAAGACGAAGCAGCUGAAGAAGUUUAUAAAGGAAAUGAAGAAAAGAUACAUAAAAGAUAGGAAGGCGGUACAAGACAUCCAUGAACUUGAGCUAACUAAAAUAGAUGCAGGGUUACUAAAGCGUUUGAACGAAAUAAAAGACAUGAAUCAACAGUACGCGAGGAAUUCAUCAUUUAGAAAUAUAGCUGUAAACGGUACGAUUAGUAGGCAAAAUAAGAAAAUGCUAAUAGAAGCUUACCCAGAUUUAAUGAGCAUGCUUAAGACUCGUCGCCGUGAACCAAUAAAACCUAAAGAUUAUCUUGAAUACGAUAUAGAAUAUGGGUAUCUUUAUUAUUAAUGGGUUAGGGAGAGCUCGUCAGUGUGAUUUUAUUUUCAAUAUUGUACCCCUCCAUUCUGUAUAAAUUAAUACCUUUGCCUUUUCUGUCGUCAAAUUAUAAAACUACAACAUUA